AUGGUGGACCAGGUUGUCCACACUCUCAAGAAGCAAGGUUUGGCCUACCACUCUGUGGUCACACCAAGCCAAGUUUUGCGCCACCCCCGCAACAGGGCCAACCAAAUGCUUUCAUGGUUGGACAUGUGGGACAAAGGCCAGAAGAUGAUGGCCAUUGGUAUGAAAAGGCAAUUCCUUGGAGAAUCCAUGGCCAUGGAGAUCUCACCAGACCCUGCCAAGAGGUUUGAGCAGCUGAUGGCCAAUGAGAACCUCAUCAAGGAGGCCAAUGGUGCCAUGGCACCCAUGACAGGUUCUGAGCGUUUCCUCAGCUUGUCCACCAGCCACACCACAGCUUUUCUGAGGGCCAUCAGCCAUGGUUGCCUGCCAGAUGAGCAGCCUCCCGUGGAAGUGCGCAAAGAUGAUCCAUGCUGGGACCUCAUCCAGAAUGGGUGGUCAUGGCUCAUUUUGAGCCAUUUGGUGGAAGGCCAAUGGCCCAUGCUACCCACCCUGCUGCAAGGGGCCAUGAACUCUGCCAACUCCAUCUCCAAGGCACCAAAUGAAUUAGAGCUUGCUGCCCAGCUUGGCCACCUGUUCAGCCUCAAUGUACCACUUCAUGAAGCCAAGGAGAAAGUCCAAGCUGCCAAUACUUGCCAGCCUGCAGUUUUGACCUACCUCAGUCAUUUUGUGAAAACAUUUUCAGGUAGGAAUUUCAACAUCCAGCUCCAAGUUGGCCAAGAUGUUUUGGAAGCAAUGUGCUACACCAACUUCAAGGUCACUGGUGAAAUCUUUCCCAUGCUUCGAGUGGCCAUGUGGUGCACCAUGUUGGGGACAAACAAGCACCAGGACAACAUCCAAAGGAUUCUCACCAAAGCCGAUCUGGACAAGCUGAAGACUGCCAAUGCCAAAGAGAAGGUCAUCACAGCAGAACACCAGCUCCAAGGUGCUUGGCCCAUUGUUGCCAAGAGUACUGUGGAGGACCAGAACCACAGCUAUAAAUGUGGCAGACUGUGCACCAGGACCAUCCUGUUUUUGGUUGGCAAACAAAAGCACAGCAGGGAAUCCAAGUCCUAUGAGGAUUUGGGCCAAAUCUUGGAAGCCUUUACCCAAGAGAUGGCCAAAACUCACACAUGUGAAGCCAAGGAAGAGCUUGAAAGCCAGACACCUCAAGAUGUGCUGAGUGCCAGUGCACAGGACAUGGCUUUGAUUCAGAACCCUCACAUGAAGCCAGGUGAAGUGCACCUGGACUUGUGCAAUGUAAGCUUUUGGUUGCCCAUUUGCAUUACACCACUAGGCAAAUCACUAAAUAGCCAGUCACUGGUGCGUGUGCUUCCUGUUUUGGGCAGCCCAGGUACAAUUGCCAAUGUCAAGGACAAUGCCAUCACAAUGGUGCACAGGCCACAUCUAGGACCAUCGCUCAGCAUUGAUGUUCCAUUUGAUGAUCUUCCAAAGUGGAAGGUGUCCAAAGCAAAGAUGCCACAGAUUUGCCCAGCAGAGACUGCUGCUGCUUUGCUGCCCCACAAGGUACCCAUGGCCAAAGAAGAGCUUUCCAAGUUGCAAGCAACCAUGGCUUUGCAUGAAGCAUGUGAAAAGCACCAAGUGGAUCACAACCAGAUUGCUUUUGCUCAGAACCCAAUGGGUCUUUGGACACUCCAAGCAAUCAAAAAGGCUAAACAAUUGAAGUUGGUGCCAUUGGGCUCAUUGGCCAAAUUGAAGGGGAAGGAGCCAAGGGGGUGCAUACUCAUGGAGCAUGGUGGCAUCAAGUGGCAAAUCCACCCUUGGAAGCAAUACCAAGCCUGGGGUGAAGAUGCCAAGAGCCAAGAGACAUUGGUGCCAUUUUGGUGGUGCAAGGGUGGCAGUGAACAAUGCAACAUGGAGAUCCAUUCCAUCACCAUGACAACUAGCAGUGGCAAUGUGAAGAUCCCAGUCCUCACCAACACCGUAGCCAUUGAUGCCAACCAGUUGCUAUUGUACACAAAGCCUGAAGAUAAUGAGAACAUGGGUGGAGGAGAAAGCUCCCAACCCAAAAAGAAGCUGAAAGCCACAAAGUAG